CCAAGCCAGAAGCAGUAGCCAGCUCAGGGCUGGAUGCUGCCCCAGGGGUGGUGAACACUACAGAGGAGGAGGUGGAAGGGGUGGACUCCCAGUCACCUUGCCCAGCCGGGUGGCAUCAGAAUGAGCAUCGCUGCUUCUCCUUCUACCCCAUCUGGGCCACCUGGGCCACUGCAGAGUUGUACUGCUCCCAACACAGAGGGAACCUGGUGUCGGUUCACAGCCCGGGUCAACAGGUGUUUGUCCAGGAUCUGGUCAGGAGACACACAGACCAGCCGGUCUGGAUGGGAGGCUACGAUGCAGCUCAGGAGGGGAUGUGGCUGUGGAGUGACGGCUCAGCUGUUGACAGUUUCUACUGGGAGGAGGAUGAGCCCAGUAACUCUGGACAGGGGGAGAACUGUAUGGAGCUGCACACUGGAGGUGGGCAGGGCUGGAAUGACGUGGCCUGUGCAGAGCUGAGGUUCUAUGUGUGUUCUAUGGAGACAAGAUCUGGUUUAGCAUCAUUGCCAAGUCAGAAGAAAUCACAUGAGAGAGAGCUGGUUGAAGAGGUGAGUAUUUAUGACGUCCUGUGGGAGACCAGUGAGAGAGUAGCAGAUGAGAUCCUCGACUCAGCCUUCCUCAGAGGGAUGUAUUCCAGACGUCUGCCUGCCCGCUGCUAUGCUGACUUCUGCCACCAGGAGGUGCUAUACCUGGACAGAGUCAUCACCAUGCUGCGGGUGCUGAUCAGAACAGUCCAGGGUCCUCCAGACAUCAUGCUGUUUCUCCAGAGAACACAUCAACGCUACCAGGAGUCUCUGAAGAAGGCCCAGAUCCAAACUCCACCACACCUGAACCUGUCCUCCAUCCAGCCCUCUGCAGCUGUGCGUCAGUACCUCCAGAGCUUCCAUGACAUUGUGAAUGAGGAGCCCAUCUACUGGCUGGUGUCUCUGCUGCCCAGAGCCCUGCUCAGACCUUACCUGGCACAGAACCUGCCCCUGGGAGAGAGGACCAGACCAGACCCCAGCCCCUGCCUCUACCCCUGGCUAAACCUCUUCCCCUGCCCCUGCUACCAGCAUCUACUGGAGAAGUUCCAGGGUGUGAUAGACGUCUAUAAGGCUGUCAACAUCUUCAGAGUCCAGAUGAUGAAGUCUCUCUUCACCUCCUGCGGUGAGCCUGACUUAGGUCUACAGUUAGCCUGA